UUCAACUUCGAACCGACACAACACAUUAUAUACAAUGAUGAAACUGUUCCUCAUCUCCGCUCUAUUCGGCAUCGCGGCCGCUGGGUACGCAGCCUACCCUGAGCAGUCGAGCCGCCCCCAAGCGUCCUUUGAGAAGAACGCCCGUAUCCUCGCCUUGGACGCCGACGUCAAGGAGGACUCCUUCAGAUACAACUAUGAAACUGAGAACGGUAUCAAGGCUGAGGAACAGGGGCAUGAGGCUGAUGGCAUUGAGGCUCAAGGUGGUUUCCAAUAUACCGGUGAUGACGGUCAGGUGUACUCCAUCAGCUACGCUGCCGGCCAGGGUGGUUUCCAACCCCAAGGUGCCCAUCUGCCCGUCGCACCACCCACCCCUGAGGCCAUCCUAAAGGCUUUGGAACAGAACGCCGCUGAUGAAGCCGCUGGUAUCAUCGAUGAUGGCCAAUACAACCCCUCCAAAUACGGAGACGCUAGUGCUGGAUUCGGACAGCAGCAACAGUACGUGCGCGCCCAGGCCUCCGCUAGCUCUAGCUACAGACAGCCCUACAAGUACUAAGCACUGAACACUUAGAUUUAUAACUUUACUGAUAGAACGCGAGUCAUCGAUAUCACUUUUAAUUUAAUCACUUUUGAUACCUGAUCCCGAUUCUUGUAUUAUAUCAACUUCAUCACCAUCAUCAUAUGUGUUCAAACUAGC